AUUUUACAAUUUUAUAAUUUUCAUCAUGAAUAGAUGCUUUGAAUUGGUGAAUAUAUAUUUUUAAAAAACAAAAAAGAACACAAAUAUAUAUUUCCUGUAUUAAUUUCAUUAUAAUCACUACGACCGUUGUAUAUACUACAAGAAUUGCUUUAUCAUUAUGGAUUUCUAUAAACAAGAAAUUGUGGAUUAUUAAUAUUAUUCACCUCUUUCAAGUCGUCAUUCAACUCAGUCGAAGUUUACUGACUAAAUAAUGAAUUAUUUAUAUAGUCAUUACUAUCAGUUAAAGUUAAUUUUAUGGAUUUUUUAUUGGGUUUUACUAUUAUCAGGAAAAUGUUUAGCAGUAGAUGAAAUUGAAUUACGUCUUCGUAUGCGUGAAGAAAUUGCACCAUCUACGCGUAUUGGUUCAGUUAUAUCAAGUUUACCCGUUAAUUUACGAUCACAAAUGCAUUUUUUAACUGAUAGUACAUUUUUUACAGUCACACCAACAACUGGUGAAAUACGUGUUGGACGUUUAAUUGAUAGAGAACGAUUAUGUCCGGAAUUUAAACUUUGUUGUGGUGUGAUUACAUGUGAAUUAAAAGCCAGUAUUUUUGUAACAAAUAAAGCUGCAGGAGAAUUCGCUGCUAGUGUUUUACUGAAAGUGGAAAUUCAAGAUCAAAAUGACAACAGACCAACAUUCAGUGCACAAAGUCAAACAGUCACUUUAUCUGAAGCUACUACUGUGGGCACACUAAUAAGUAUUAAUGCAGCAACAGAUGCAGAUAUUGACCCUGAAAAUCAGAUACAACGUUAUACUCUUGUCGAACCUACAGGUACAUUUAAACUAGAUUUAUCUGGACUCCCCACUGUUCGUUUAGAAUUAUUACGUCCACUUGAUAGGGAACAAGUAUCUGAAUAUAAGGCAAGCUUAGAAGCAUGUGAUCCUGGUGCAUGUACACGACAAACGCUAGAAAUUCAAAUUCUUGACGAAAAUGAUAAUAGCCCACGUUUAGCAAACAACCGAUUUAAUAAACGAUUAAUUGAAAAUAUUCCAGUUGGUACUGUAGUAUUACAAUUGAACGCUACCGAUAUUGAUUCGGGAGAAAGAGGUAGGGUUAUGUAUAGUUUUCAUGGAAAUAUUGAUUCUGACUUAACUGAAACAUUCGAGCUUGUUAGAGAUACCGGUGAAAUUAAACUAAGGAGACCGUUAGCAGCAAAUAUACGUGAUAGCUAUGAAUUUAAAGUAAUUGCAUGUGAUGCAGUAAAUAGAGCAUGCAGUGGGAACGAGAAUUCAACUGCUGACAUCACAUUUACUGUACAAGAUGUGAAUAAUUUCCCACCAUCAAUUCAUGCUGUGGCUGCUGGAGCAGCACUAGUUACUAGUUCAUCUGAUCAAAAUAAAGGAGGUGAGUCAAAAACAGGUGAAUCAGAUCAUAACAGUUUCAAUAGACCAAAACCCGGUGAUGAAUUAAGUAUCUUGGAGAACUCUCCACCAAGUCAAAUAGCAGUUUUAACCGUUCGUGAUGAUGAUACUGGUGAUAAUUCUAAAGUAUCAUGUUCCUUGAAUGAUACGAACAGUAACAUAUUAUCAAACGGUGAAAAAAAAAACCAAAAUUUUAUACUUACUCCUAGUACUCCGGGGAUUUAUUCAUUACGCACUGCAAAAGUAUUUGAUUAUGAAAGUGAGUCAACUAUUCGUACAACAGUUGUUUGUCAUGAUUAUGGUAAACCACAACAAUUAACUUCAGCUAGAGUAAUUACUGUACAAAUUAUUGAUGUAAAUGAAUUUCAACCGGAAUUUUCACGUCGAGUUUAUGUUAGUCGAGUACCAGAAAAUGCACCACCAGGAAUGGAUAUUCUUACAACUACAGCAUUAGACAGAGAUAGAGCAGCUGUAUUAAGUUAUAAAUUUGCACCUUCUUCAACAUUAUCACUUAGCGAAGGAGAAAAAGACUCACAUAAGUCUGAUAGUAUACAAAUAGACGAUGAAGUUAAUAAACAUUUUAUCAUUGAAUCACAAACUGGAAUAAUACGUACAAGUCAAAUUCCAUUAGACCGGGAGAAAAUUGGAAGUGUAACAUUAGUUGUUUUGGUAACGGAUUCUGUUUCACCGCCAAUAUUUACAGCUACAACAACAGUAUCUAUAGAAAUAUUAGAUGAGAAUGAUAAUGCCCCUGUCUUUACUAAUCCUCCAGUAAGAUCGUCUGAAGCACCUCAAGGCGACAAUGAAAAAUUUGCAUUCACAGUUAUAGAAAAUGCUCCACGUUUCACACAGUUAAGUCAACGAUUAGAAGCCAGAGAUCCGGAUCAAGGUGAUAAUGGAAGAGUUCAAUUUUCUUUGCUAGCUACAUAUGCUCUUACGAAGUCAUCAAGGCGAAAUCAAUUUAUUGGUUCUUCACCAAAUAUGUUGACUAGUUUUGAACAUUUCAUUGAUAGACCAGGAUCAGAUCUCAAUAGUGAAGCCGGAAUGACACGUCACGUGGUUGAUCAGCCUAUAUUCCGAAUUACGUCAAAUGGAGUAAUUGAAACACUAGUUGAACUAGAUAGAGAAACAGUACCUGUAUAUAUACUUAAAGUUGGAGUUCGCGAUCGUGGAGCUCAGCCACUUGCAAGUACAACAAUGUUAAGGGUAGACGUACAAGAUGCGAAUGACAAUGCUCCCGUUUGGGUUUUCCCCACACCUGUGGACAGAACGAUUAAUCUAACCACUGGAAUGAAACCUGGAAGUCUAGCUGGUAGACUUAGAGCAGAGGAUGCUGACUCGUUCGAAGCGGGAAAAGUUGAAUAUCUGUUCCUUGGACCUCGAGGUGAAACAAUCGAAGGUGUCACUUUAGAAGAUGGUCUGCUUAAUGUUCUAAAUCCUCCUAAAUCAAGCCUAACAAAAACAGCAAAACCUGGACAAAAGCUAUCCUCAAAUUCAGAUGACUUGAAAGGAUAUCGUGCUGGCCCUUUGUAUUUAAACGGAACAACCGGUGAAAUAUGGGUUGCUCAAGCCUUGACAUCCGGAACAAUAAAUCUGCACUUACGUGCAGAAGACCAGGGAACCCCCCGUUCCCAUACAGAUGCAUGGUUAACUAUCAACGUUUUCAUCGAUCCGAGUGAAGGCAUUGGAUUUCUGAGUUUUGGCGGGGAUGGCACACUAAACAUCACAAUAAUUUUGGCUAUGAUAACUGUGACGGCCAUUAUAUCACUGUUUCUAAUUAUUGGAAUAGUUUGUGUUCGUCGGAGACCGACAAGAUACACUUUGGCUCGUAAUGUCACUGGAACUGAUGGGGGGGUUUCUCCCGGAAAUGCAGCCACAACGUUCUCAAUGGAUGUUGCUAAAGAAAACAUGUCAACAAAUAUCAACAGUGGUUGGUCUUCACCUGUAGCUACCUACGGUGCAAAUCAUUUCAUACCUGGGCAAGCCAAUGGAGGAAACUCGAUUAUGGAAGACGGUCAGAUGUUUACAGCGCUUUACGGGCAUGGAGGGGUUAUGGGAUAUGGAGCUGUCAUGUCGCCAAGCGAUACAGCAAGUUUAAUUUACGUGCCACAAGCCCAAACAACACCAAAUAUAAUAGGGUCCCUAGGAGGUUCGAUGACACCAGUACCAGUUGACCUUACUACAACAAGUCCAGACUAUCCUUCUCGAAAUCACAUGCAUACAUUUGGAGUAAGCGGUUUGCAAUUCUAUAAAGUUUAUUAUUUGCUUAAUACUUAAUUUGUUUUUCAUUUAUCGUGUGAAGUGGUCGUUUUGUGCAUACUGUCAUUUUAGCGUGAUUUCUAGAUAUACUACACUUCUGAUUCUUAAAAAAUAUCUACAUAACCAUAAUAACUAGAGGUAAAUGUCAUGGUCUCAUGUCUAAAUAAAGAUUUAAAUCUCCAUCUAGUGGGACAAAGCACACAAGCAAAAGCACUAUUCGAUGAGAACAUUGUUUCAUCACAAAACAAACAGUAAGUAAUCUGUCUGAUCAUGUUUGAUUGUAUUGGCCAGAAACCAUCAAUCAUCAGGAAUAAUUAUUAUGCGCAAGUAAGAUUGAUUAAAUGCGUGCGAAAAAUACAUUCCAAUAGUCUUAUAGGGAGUGACUACUAAUAUCUUCCAUUUACAUAAGACUAAUUCAAAAGUGUCUACGUUAGAGUGUAUAAUAGUUGGAGCUCUGAGAAACAGAAAAUUACUGGUUGGAUAAACUCGUCCUGCCAAAUGUAGUUUAGAUUUCAUUUUUAAGAGUAGUAUUGUCACUGAUUUUAUACUACUUUGUAUUUUAUAUUUUAAACAAAUUUCCACUAAUCACAUAACCAACUGAUAAUAGUUUGUUGACUAGUAACUGGCUUUUAAGGUAAUUUCUGUGUAUUGUAUGAAGGAAUCAAAUAUAUCAGAAUGAGACACAUAUCUACUGAUGACUUUAGUUAAUUGUUGAGUCAUUGAAAAUGGAUUCAAGUCUUUCAAUAUUAGCCACUAGGUAUUAACUUGGUGGCUUAAUAUUACUUGUUGUGCUUUUUGAAAGACCCUAAUGUAUGAAGUUUUAUCUCUUGUGACUCAUCAUAAGAGAAAAACUUUAGCUUACAUUCGAACUAAACAUCAAAUGACGUAUAGAGAUUCUUUUUUAGACAGUACAUUUGCAGAUUUCGAUAAUAAAAUUCAAUGAUUUUUAACCAAUAAACUGUACUUCCUAUUAGUAGAGUACAAAGUACUUCCUUCAUUAGUGUCAUCAUUAUAGUUAGUAUUAAGAAUUAAUGUGAAAAUGACUGAAUAUUGAAUAAGUAUAAGCAAAAAUGGAUGGUUGCAAACAGUGGAAUCCAGGAUGCGCGUUUCGUCCUGUUUGGAAGUCGUCAGCUUGAUAUACCUGUACAUAUGCAAAUAAAAGACUGAUCACUUGCAGUCCUAAACAUAAAUGGGAAGAUUCAAACAAACAAUACUAAAUGAAUUUGAAUUAGUAAUCUUUAAAUAUACAAAAAGUUAACAUUUAUAUUGUAUGUAAGUUUAACAUUUAUUUCUCUAGCAAAACUAUAAAUCCAAACACAACUGUGAUAUGUUGCCGUACAUUUUUCUGCAAAUAACUACAUACAUCCAAUGGUUAUCAACUAAAGUUUCUCCUGCAAAGUCCAUAGUUAAGAAGCCAGAAACGCUUCUAAAGACUAGUUUUAUGCCCAGUUCAAAUAACAAUAAUAGGAAAUAGCUAAAUAAAAAAAUCAGUAAAAUAAACAAUUUAUCUACUUCCAAUCCAGAUUCAUGUUGUUUUGUUGUCUGGUUAAUUUAUUCCACUGUUAAUGUAAUCAGUCUGAAUUACUCAGUCAUGUUGCUAACGUGAUCUGGAAUUGUUUUAAAAAUGUAGUGAUUUGUCAUUUUACUAUAGUAAUAAUUUUAAUUAUUUUUUUUAUUCAUAUCGUGUUGUACUACUGAUUCAUUUUAUUGCAUCAAUUUGUUCAAAUUUAUCUGAAAAAGAAAAUAAUAACUGAUUCAGUUUAACCGCAAAUUACACAACAGAAAGUAUAAUAGAUUCAUAGUGGAACGACAUCUGACAGAUUGAAAUUUUUGAUUGGUUUCGCUUUCUACAAGCCUAAAGUUUAAACAGUUUUGUUGCAGUAAGCUCUGACGAUGUUAUCCAAAAUGAUAACGAUAUCUCUACAAUGAACUUAUCUACUUUAGAGAGCCGAACAACAACAAAACAUUCACGCAAUUUGUAAACUGCCUCCAUUAUUAGAACCUUUGUUGUUAACACUGUUUCAUAUUGUCACCAAAUGAUUAUAUACUAUGUGUAUGGUAUCUUAUGGGAAGGGGCUAAAUAAACCGGUACUCCUCUCUGUUGUUGUUUACUGUUCAUUAAUAUAAUAUACACCAGCAAUAAACCGUUUACAAAAUCUCCCCCAACAUGUUUUAAAAAUUGGUAUAUUGUUGAUAUCGGCAUUGUAAUUUUUUUUAUCAUAAAGCUUUAGGAUAAAAGGUACCAAAUAGCCUUUUUGUAACACUAAGAAAUUUUAAAUACUAAGUGCUAGUUACAAACUAAAAAUUAUCUUAAUUAAAAUAUAAAUACUUUCAAAAUUCACGGAAGGAUUAUUAGAGUGAAGAUAAGAAUUAAAAAACUAAAAACUUUUAAUUUGUGUUAACUGACCAUCACCGAUAAGACAUUUGAGAUCUCAACUAAUUCAAUCAUUAAAAAAGACAACUUCGAUCUCAAUCUUUUUACAGUAUUGGCCGAAAUGCAACUUAAACAACAGAAUCCGAUAAACACUGAAGCAUAAGCAGACUGGUCCUGGUUGUUACCUGGUGACCAGGUAAUUUAGUCAUAAAAAGAAAUAUAGAAGGCCAAAUAUGCCCACUAUUUAUUGUUCACAAAAGGUCGAAAAUGCUGUAUGUAAUUUCAAUAUUUACAUUACUUAGUGGUCGAAAGGUGUUCAUUCAUUGCAUUUUAAGUGUUUAACCAUAGCCAUAGUAUUCCUUUCCUUGUUAUUGGUAAAUACCUUCUGUGUUUUCCUCUUACAUCGAAUAACUUGAUUUCGUCUAUACUUUACAUUUUUUAGAAUAAAAAAACAAAAUAAAUAAAAUUACAAAGUUGUUUAAAUAGUAAAAUACGCUAAUCAUUCUAUCCUCUUCGAAUUCUCAACAAGAAAGUAAACAUACAAACCAAUAGUUCACUGAUUAUUCACUGUCUUAAUAGAAAUCAAUAAAACAUAUCCUUCUAGUUAUAUUAGAUUAUAAUACAUAAUAAAAUAAUCAAAAUUGUAAACAAUAAUAAUAUUAAAGAGCAACUUAAUGAAUAAGUUUAUUCACAGUUGAAAUCAUAAGUCAAUUGAA